AUGGCGACCACAACAGGCGGGAUCCCAGUCCUGGUCACUGGCCAGCAUGAACGCAUUGGCCAGCCCGUGUGCAAAGCAUUGUUGCCAGAGAUAUCCGCCGUCCACUUCACCCUGGUCGCGCACAUUGAGGAGGAGUUGCCUCUGCUGCUCGCGGGCGAGCGACCGAACCCCCCGAACAACUCGGUCGUCACGCCGGGCAAAUGGGAGCCCGAGUCAAAUCCUCCCGUCGCGCUGUUGCUGGGAGGGGCCUACACGGACGAGAUGGUGCAGAACCUGCGCGCGUCGUCGGGGUACGGUCCGGAUGACGUGGUCGCGAAGGGUUCGUCGCCGACGGCCCCGAGAAGAAUCCCCUGGAUCAAGAUCGACAGCGCCAAGUCGACCCUUGGUCCCCAAGACCCUGGGUACUCGGCCGACGUGGUCCGACGCCUCAAGCAGGCUGUGUUGAAGCUGCAGGCCGAUGGCAAGCUGGACGGGCAGCAUUGUGAGUUGUAUGCUGUUUGA